UGUAUAUCAAACAUUAAAACAUUACAGAUAUAUAUGCACUUACGUGUGUUAAUUAAGAGCUAAACAUCUACUCAGCCUUUCAAAUAAUUGUUCAGAAUCUUUUCUGAAAGAGAUUUUGAGCGGGAAGCGUCUGAAAGUUUUCCUAAUCUCUAUUCACUGCAUUGAUCCUCUACUUUCCCGCCAGAACCGCCAUGCAUGCUGUCAAAGACUCAUGCACUCCCGUGAUUUCAUGCUUCCCAUUUACAGCGUGCGUGCACACACACACACACACACGCUCCAGCUGCUUGAGCGCGCACCUCUAUUGUCUCCCAGCAAAGGAAGAUCAGGCUAAUUUAAACUUUCCCUAUUGAACCUUGAGCCGCGUUCUGAUUGGCUCAAAAGUGUGAGAAACAGAAGACGCGCCGGAUCAAGGCGUAUAUAACGGGGCACUUCAGCAGAAGACACACACUCGAUUAAGUGACAGCAAACAAACUGCAGAAGCAAGAAUGGCUCCUACUGUCUGCAAACUGACUGGAAAGGAAAAGACUAAAAUGAGGAAACCAGUGGUGGAAAAGAUGCGCAGAGAUCGUAUUAACAGAUGCAUCGAACAGCUUAAAGUUCUUCUGAAAGCCGAGAUAAAAGCCAGCCAGCCCUGUUCUAAAGUAGAGAAGGCUGAUGUCCUGGAAAUGGCUGUCCUUUACCUGAAGAGCAACACCUGUCCAAGCGCGCAUGCGCAGAGCUACACGCACGGUUUCUCCAGGUGUACAGAGGAGACGACGAGAUUUAUGGAACAACAGAUCGCCAAGCCAGUUUUAAUGGAACAGUGUGAAACAACCCAGCGAGCCAAAGCGAGCGCGGAAUCUGUUUGUGCGCAUGCACACGGAGACAGCUGUCAGAUCGCGUCAAAGAGCAGUGGAGAACAUGCGCUCUGGAGACCCUGGUGAUCUUCAUAGCAUCCUUACAAAGACAUACAGAGAAUAGACUGUUUCUCUAAUAAGUAAAACACUUUGUUUUUAUAAAACGUCGAUGUAGACAGCAGCUGUCAUGACGCAGAGAAUGUACCAGUCUACCCCAUACCUGAGUCUGAGAGCACGUAUCUAUUGCUUUACUUCACCUGUGUGGAGAUGAACUUUCUUUACAUAUUGUAAAAAUGAGGACUACGUCACCUCAGUAGGUUUCUGAUGAAAAUGAUCUUUUUAAUAAUGAGGUCUGUAACCUUUAGAGGUGUUAAAUCCAUCAUACUGAUGGAAUGUGUAACAGUCUCAAAAAAUAAACUAAAAUUACACACAUUUAUGGUUUAUGGUUUAAUUAUUAUCAGUUUUAUUUUUUUAUUUUUUUUAUGAGGUCAUAACUUGAAUACUUUUUUUAUGAAAGAUUUU